CCCCAACCCCACCUCCCUUUCCCACUCUGCGAUGGCGGAAGAAACUCCGCAGAACAGAUGGGCCGCAGCCAAGAGAAAGUUAAAAGAAUAUUGGCAGAGAAACAGCCCUGCUGUUCCAGCAGAAGCGAAGAGGGACAGGAAAACAAAUGGCGGUAGCCCUGAGACAUCCACUUCUGCUGGUUGCCACUCACCUCGGGAUUCAGCAACAGGUAUCCACGGGGCGGGCCCUACAUCAUGUGCUACCCUGAAGGAUCUGGAGAACCCGUGCCAAGAACAAGCAGUAGUCCUUGACUCAAGAGCCGUCAAAAUCAGUCGACUGAAUAACACCAUCAAAGCUUUGGAACAACAGAAGAAACAAGUGGAACAUCAGCUGGAAGAAGAAAAGAAGGCAAACAAUGAGAAACAGAAAGCCGAAAGGCAGCUAGAGGCUCAAGUCCAGAGAUUGAACCUACAGAAAAGGAAACUAACUAUAGACCUGUAUCACACGAAGCGCUCUCUCAUAUACUUUGAAGAAGAGUCGAAGGAUCUGGCUGCCUACCUGCAAUGUUCAUCGCAGCGUACGGAAAAGUUAGAGCGGGUUCUGUCUGCUGUCACCGCCACACAGAAGAAGAAGGCGGACAGGUCCUCGAAGCGCAGUAAAACACUUCUCAAGACACAGUUAAGGCAGUCCUUAGAGGAGCGGGCACUGCUGAAAGCGCACGUGACACAGAUGAAGGAGUCGCUGCAACAAGUCCAGCUACAGAGAGAUGAAUAUGCUGGACAUAUAAAAGGAGAGAGGGCCCUGUGGCAGGAGAGGAUGAGGAAAAUGUCACAGGAGCUUUGCACCUUGAAGAAGGAGAAACAGCAUAAUAUGCAUCGGGUGGAGGAGCUGGAGAGGAGCUUGUCCCAACUCAAAAACCAGAUGGCUGAACCCCUGCCCCUGGAGCCCCCAGCAGUGGCCCCUGAGGAGGAGCUGCAGCACCUGAGGAAGGAACUAGAGCGAGUGUCAGCAGAGCUCCAGGUCCAGGUGGAAAACCAUCAGCACGUAAGUCUCCUGAACCAGGCACAAAAGGAGAGGCUUCGGGAGCAGGAGGAGAGGCUUCGGGAGCAGGAGGAGAGACUUCAGCAGCUGGCCGAGCCACAGAGCGGCAUCGAGGAGCUGAACAACGAGAACAAGAGCACACUGCACUUGGAGCAGCAAGUUGAAGAGCUGCAGCAGAAGCUGCGUGAGGUGGAGACAGUAACCUCGACCCACAAGGAGCCAGAGGCAGCGGUCCCAGCCCCAGGGACUGGGGGCGAGUCUAGCGGCAUUAUGGAUCUCCUGGAGGAGAAGGCGGACCUGAGGGAGUGUGUGGAGAAACUAGAACAUCAGUUCAUCCAGUACUGGAGGAAGAGAUGCCAUCAGAAAAUUAAGCACCUUAUAACGGAGCCAGAGGGCAGUGCCAAAGAGGCGACGCCAGGAGAAGGACAUCAUCAGGCUGGCCCAGGACGACGAGAUGAAGGUGGAGCUCCUGGAGCUGCAGGAGAUGCUGUUGCGGCUUGGGUUGACGGCAACAAAGGGCACAGCAAAUUCCUGGCCGCUGCCCAGAACCCAGCUGAUGAGCCCGGUCCAGGAGCCCCACCCCCCCAGGAGCUUGGGGCUGCCGACCAGCAUGGUGAUCUUUGUGAGGUGAGCCUCACCGACAGUGCCGAGACUGGGCAAGGAGAGGCCAGGAAGGGGUCUCCCCAAGACAACCCUACUGCACAGCCCAUCGUGCAGGACCACCAGGAUCACCCAGGCUUGGGCAGCAACCGCUCUGGGCCAUUCUUUUGCUGGGCUUGGCUGCGGAGAAGAAGGAGAUAA